CUAGCUUCAACAGAGUGAAGCUUGCAGCUGCCUGGCUAGUUUGGUUGCUUUGGGGCUAGUUGGGUUGAAAGAUCGAAGACUCAGCUGCUUUUCAACGGUAAUGCGGUGACCUUUUUGGUUUUACUGAGAAUUUUCAGCAUUUCAUUUGGAAUCUAAUAGUUUUUGGGUCUAAAGUUUGUAUCUUUUUAGUCAUAUUGUUGUUGUAGAUCAAGAACUUAAACUUAGGGAAAAAGUUGUUUUUUUUUUUUUUGUAAGUUGGGGUUGGGAGUUUGUGUGGAGAAGUAGAUUAGAUGGAGGGCUUGGAUUGUUUGGAGGUUGGAUUUUAGUUUCAUAUGAAAUGCACACAUCAAUUUCUUGCAAUUGAUGUUAAAAAUGAAGCUUUUGAUGGGGAUCAUACAGAGAAGAAAUUUAGUGCUUUUGAAACUGUUGGUAUAACAUUCGUUCGAAAGACCGCAAUGUUUUAAUUUGUUUGGAUAGAUUUUGGUCUAUGUGAUAGAGUUUGUAAGCAGAGGUGGAGUUUGAAAUAAGCUAGAUCAGAUACCAUGUUUGUGUUGAUGGCAUCUAUUAGAAUGACAUUGUCUCCAGUGCCUCGAGUAGGAACUGCACUCAAUGGGGAAACCUGUUCAGUUGCUUCUCCAUUGUCCAAGUGCUCAUCUUGUGCUCAGAACUACUCCUCAUCCAAUAGGUUCUUAUCAUCUGUGUCCGCUUUGCUCGACCCUUUUGUUCUCAAAGUUUAUUCACCAAGGUCUAAUAGGCUUCUUGAGAAAUCAAAAGACUCAAAACCAAGAUGGCAAACUUGGAGGAGGGCGUUUUGCCAUUUCUUCAUUUGUUUCAUUGUUGGCCUAGUCAGUGGACUUAUGUCAUUUGGUUCAAUGAAUUUAUCUGCGAAUCUCAUGUCAAAGCAUCAAGACUUAUCCAUUGAUAUGUUAUCUUUAGUUGGGGUUCAAUUGCAUGAUACUACAUGCAGAAAUAUGACACCAUCAGAAAGGGUGAGAUCGAAGGAGAAUGUUACAGCCGAGUUGCAAGUCAAAGAGCGGAAAGCAAAAGAUGGGAUUCUAGAAAAAUCUAUAGAUAAUCAAUUACUCAUUCAAGAAUCAGAGUUGGAAUCCCGGAAGUUUUUGAUAAUAGUGACUCCAACUUAUGCUCAGUCAUUUCAAGCUUAUAAUCUGAAUCGUAUGUACACAUUAAAAUUAACCUCACCUCCAUUGUUAUGGAUCGUUGUGGAGAUGACCUCCCAAUCUGCAGAAACAAUAAACAUCUUGAGAAGAUUUGGGAUUAUGUACAAACAUCUUGUUUGCAAUAAAAAUCUUACUGAUGUAAGAGACAAAAGUAUUCAUCAAAGAAAUGUUGCACUUUUUUACAUUGAAACUCACCGUCUUGAUGGAAUCAUCUACUUUGCAAAUGAGGAAAACGUCUACUCCAUCGAUAUUUUUGAGCAAAUGAGGCAGAUCAGGUAUUCCACUUCUCUAAGCCAAACUCCUUAGUAUUAGUUUACAUUUGUAAGGGACUGCUGUUGGAAUAGCAUCUUUUUAUGCAUCAUCACACGCGGAUAUCCUGAGAAAAUAAGAGAACGUGGUUUAGUUACAUUUGCAGAAUUUAACAAAAUUUUGAGCUUCUUGAUAAUUAAGCAUGAGACCUGCAUGUCUUUUAUGUUAAUCUCAUAGUUAAUUAUCAUUUUUCUAUUGGAAAUCCUCUGAUCCUCUGCAUAUAGUCUGUUCAUUGCUCAUAGAACCUGUUGUAGAGAGAUUAACAUCACACACAAACACAAUAAAGUUCUAAAAUUUGAAUGCCAACUGAUGCAACAUUGUUUUAUAUGUUCCCAUUUGGUUUUACUUUGAAUCUACAUUUAAUUCUAGCAACUAAAGUAUUGUUCCAUUAUCAUACACAUUUAUUAGUAUCUAAAUUUUGGAAAAUUGGUGCAUGUAGUAUUGUAUGAGAGAUCAUCAUCUUUGCCCCUCUAGUAAAUUCUCUUUUUUUGACAUUGCAUUCCCUGAGCAUGUUGUGGUGCCACUUAUUUUUCCUUUUUCAUAUUUUUUUGCAGGCGGUUUGGGACGUGGACCGUGGAAAAAAUGAUAGGUGGAAAGAUGAAACCUGUUUAUUGAAGGCCCUGUUUGUAAUGGAACUCAGGUCAUCGGAUGGCAUGUAACUGAGUCAGAUAGAAGGUUCCAGAGGUUUUAUGCUAACAUAUCAGGAUUUGCCUUCCAUAGUACGAUACUCUGGACCCUAAAAGGUGGCAUCGACCGACACUUGAACCCAUUAGGUAGCCUGACGAAGGCAAUGAUGAUUUCAAGAUGAGCACAUUUAUUGAACAAGUUGUCGAAGAUGAAAGUCAGAUGGAAGGUUUAUUGCACAAUUGCUCAAGAAUCACGGUUUGGCAACAUCACCAUGGAUCAUCGAAUACUUUCUAUCCUCCCAAAUGGGUCAUGAAAGAUGGCCUAGAUGUCAUUGCCUCACUUAAGUGAAAUUCUUAAUGUGAAUAGAGUCCAUGUGGAUGGCAAGCGUAAUUGUUCUUGUUAGAGUUUAAAACAAGUUAUAUGGGGAAGGCGUCCUAAAAUUCUCAAUGUUUCAAGAGUCAUUAGUAUGCAGUUUCUUGGUCCAGACUUUGCACAAAUAUAGACGUAAAUAUAUGUCGGAAUGUUGCUUAGAGCUGAACUUUCCCCUGUGACUACCAACAUGGUUCUCAAAGAUAGCUCUUGCUGAAGUAAGGGGUGGACAAUUCAAAAUGUUUUGUUUAAGUGCUACAUAUGGUUAAAUAGAACAAAAUAACUUCUUUGUUA